UAGUGAACUCGUUUCACCAAAAAAAAAAUAAAAACUGCACUUUCUUGUGAUUUGUGAGUUCCCUCCACCAUUAUUAUUAAGAUCGAGAAGCAGAGAAGAUCACCACCCUUCUUGAAAGAAAAGUUGUAGGAAAUGAAAACUGGUGGUGCUUUUUAUUCUUCAUCGUCUUCAACCUUCACUGUUCUCUUAGCAUCAUUUAUCAUUGCUUCAUGCCUCCUCUUCCAAAUUAACCAAGCGCUCAUCAUUCAACCUAAGAACAACUUCACGGCUCCUGCUCUUUUUAGCUUUGGAGAUUCGUUGUUGGACACAGGCAACAAUAACAAUCUUCGGACGGUGGUGAAGUGCAACUUCCCACCCUAUGGAAAGGACUUCCUAGGAGGGAUCCCUACUGGAAGGUUUUGCAACGGAAAGAUCUUCUCUGACUUCUAUGUUGAAGCGUUGGGAAUUAAGGAGUUUUUGCCUGCAUUUCUAGACCCGGCCUUGGGACCUCAAGACCUUCUUACAGGUGUAUCCUUUGCCUCCAGUAGUGCUGGAUUUGAUCCAAUCACAAAUAAUAUUACGUCGGUGUUGUCAUUGGCGGAUCAAUUGAAGAUGUUCAAGGAGUACAAAGAGAAACUUCAGAUGAUAGCUGGAGAAGAGAGAACAUGGACGAUCAUAUCAGAGAGCUUAUAUUUUUUAAGCGCAGGGUCUAACGAUUUCUUCAUUACCUAUUUUCCUACUACUUUUAGGAAAUUUAACUUUGAUGUCUCUUCCUAUGCUGAUUUCAUUCUCCGUUUAGCUUCAACUUUCCUUCAGGAACUAUAUAAUUUGGGGGCAAGAAGAAUCGUUGUUCAGAGCAUCCCACCUAUAGGAUGUUUGCCAACUAUAAGAACCACAGUAGGAGGGAAAGAAAGAAACUGUGCAAAGAAAUACAACCAGGCAGCCUUGGUCUACAACUCUAAGCUGGCUUCCUUGAUCGACUCCCUCCUCAAGAAGCUCCCAGAGUCCAAGAUUGUCUAUGUGGAUAUUUACAAACCCCUACUUGAUAUCAUCCAAGAUCCUAAUACCUUCGGCUUUGAUGAGGUGAAAAACGGAUGCUGUGGCACUGGAACAUUUGAAGUUGCAGUACUAUGCAACCCCUUGGUCCCAGUGACUUGCCCAGAUGACUCCAAGAAUCUAUUUUGGGAUAGCUUUCAUCCUACUGAGAAUGGCUACCGCGUACUCUCUGCUAUGGUCCUUAAACAACUCAAUAAUGGCUUCUUUUAAAUUCUACUAGUUAAAUAUUCGUUAUUAAGACUUCCAUUUGUGAGUGACUCUUUGACUUGAAGGGUAUGUAUUGACCGAAUAAGAGUUUCACCUUAUUUGGGAACUCCAUAUUCAAUUUCUUACUCAAGCUCCACUCCAUAUCGCAUGUAGAGUUUUACAUUAUCACAAUCUCUAUGUAACCCAAUCAUAAUCUACAUGUAUUGCCGACUAGGGCCUCUUGAUAGUA